AUGGGAUUCCGGCAGUCAGCUGCCACCCUGGCCAUGGGGCGCCACACUGUCCUGCUCCUGCUCCUGGCUUUCCUGACGCUUCGGGAGGUCAUCCCCGUACCGCUGGCCCUGAGGGCCCUCAGCAAUCUGCACAGGUCAGCCAGCUUCACAUCCCGCCCUGCUGUACCCACGAAGUACACGGUUCACUACCUCCAACAGAAGGUUGAUCAUUUUGGAUUUACUACAGAUAAAACUUUUAAACAGCGGUACUUACUAGCUGAUGAACACUGGAAGAAAGAUGAUGGAUCAAUACUUUUCUACACUGGUAAUGAAGGAGACAUUGUCUGGUUUUGCAAUAAUACGGGGUUCAUGUGGGAUGUGGCUGAGGAACUGAAAGCUAUGUUGGUAUUUGCUGAACAUCGAUACUAUGGAGAAUCCCUACCUUUUGGUAACAAUUCAUUCAAGGAUUCCAGAUACUUGAAUUAUCUGACAUCAGAACAAGCUCUGGCAGAUUUUGCAGUGUUAAUCAAAUACUUGAAAAGAACAAUCCCAGGAGCUAAAAAUCAACCUGUCAUUGCCCUAGGGGGCUCUUAUGGUGGCAUGCUUGCAGCCUGGUUCAGGAUGAAAUACCCUCAUAUGGUGGUUGGAGCUCUUGCAGCCUCUGCCCCCAUCUGGCAUUUUGGUAAUCUGGUACCUUGUGGUGUAUUUAUGAAGAUCGUAACUGAAGAUUUUAGGAAAAGUGGCCCAAAUUGUUCAGAGACCAUCCACGAUUCCUGGGGUGCUAUUACUCGACUCGCAAGAACAGGCAGUGGCUUGCAUUGGCUUUCUGAAGCCCUUCACUUAUGUACCCCAUUAAGAAAUUCGCAGGAUGUUCAGCAUUUGAAAGGCUGGAUCUCUGAAACCUGGAUAAAUCUGGCAAUGGUGGACUACCCUUACGAGUCUAACUUUUUACAGCCUUUGCCUGCUUGGCCUAUCAAGGUAGUGUGCAAGUAUUUGAACAAUCCCAGUUUAUCUGAUGCACAGCUGCUGCAGAAUAUUUUCCAAGCUCUGAAUAUAUAUUACAAUUACUCAGGCCAGGCGAGAUGCCUGAAUAUAUCAGAGACAACAACUAGCAAUCUGGGAACCCAGGGUUGGAGCUAUCAGGCUUGCACAGAAAUGGUCAUGCCUUUUUGUACUAAUGGUAUCGAUGACAUGUUUGAGCCUCGCUCAUGGAACUUUAGGGAAUAUUCUGAUGACUGUUUUAAACAGUGGGGUGUGAGACCAAGGCCCGCCUGGAUCACUACUGUGUAUGGAGGCAGAAACAUCAGUUCACACAGCAACAUUGUUUUUAGCAAUGGUGAACUAGACCCCUGGUCAGGAGGUGGAGUAACCAAGGAUAUCACAGACACCUUGGUUGCGAUCACCAUCCCAGAAGGGGCCCAUCAUCUAGAUCUUCGAGCCAGAAAUGCCUUUGACCCCACGACCGUGCUAUUAGCCCGCUCCUUGGAAGUUAGACACAUGAAGCGGUGGAUCAGAGAUUUCUAUGCCAGUCAGAGAAAGAAGCACUGAGAAAUUUUGAUCACUUUCAGUUUCUUUUCUGUUCAUUCUACCCACGUUCCCAUUCACUUUGGUUUUCUACAUGUAAUUACUUUCCCUUGUUUGUCAUUAGAUUUGAUGAGGCAAAGGUUGAGAUAGAAGAGAGGGUGAUGAUGGUGACAGCAGCCAUCCCACACCCUGAAUCGUCGCCCUCUUCACACCACCCCUGGGAAGAAUCUCUUUGUGACAGUUUUCCUAUACCAUCAGUGGCCCUCAUAACCGGAGCAGAGUUCCUGACUGCCUUUCACAAGAGGGAGGGUCACUUCCUUUGUUUCUCUGCAAGCAGAGCUUCCUCUUGGGUUUGAGGGUAAAGUCUCUUUGGUCCGUUUGUCACUCCCUAUCCCUUCCCUCAAAAAAGAACAGCAGAAGAUAGACAAAAAUGAUGUAAUUGCAGCUGGUAGGAAGGAUGUCCGAUGCCAAUCCAGGAAAUGGAAGCCAUUUCUUUUGUACUUGAUUUAAUGAUUUUGACUGUGCUGUAAAUAAAGAA